AUGGCGCUUGCAGUUCCACCCAAUUCGCUCAAUAGAGGGGCUCCGAAAGCCGCGAAUGUUGCCAGUGGUCAUCCACUUGAUCCAUUGGCUGCGGUAGAGACGAUACAAGCGGCACAGCUUCUCAAAGGCCAUGCAACGGGGUCCAGUCUUCAUUUCAAGUAUAUUACCAUUGCUGAGCCUCCCAAAAAUGUCCUACGGGCGUAUCUUGCUGCAGAGCGGACCGGCAAGGCUGAUCUCCCCCACAUUCCCCGCCGAGCAAGUGCGCUCUACUACCUUCGUGGCACCGCUGAAUUGUAUCUGGCCAAGGUCAACUUAGAUGAUGAGACUGUUGACUCUGUUGAGAAGCUGCCGGAAUUCUUUCAUGCACAGGCCGAUAUCGACGAAUUGAUAGUGAUGAAAGAUGCAUGCCUACAACAUCCAAGGGUGCGAGCCGAGAUUGAACGCUUUCGACUGCCCAAAGGAACCACUGUUGUGUGCGAUUUAUGGCCAUAUGGUCGAGAUACUGGGGGUACUUCCCGGAGAAUGAUUCAGUAUUACAUGUAUGCACGGGAUCCGGCAACGAAUCAUGAAGCGUCUAAUCACUAUGAUUUGCCGCUUCAGUUCUCCCCCAUCUUCGACUAUGUGUCCCGCGAGUUGGUGGAUAUCAUAUAUCUCCCUACUGGGUCAGAUCAACGGGUCAAUCCCGAGCCAAAGUAUAUUCCCCAUACAGCAAAGGAAUAUCACCAUGAUCUGCAACCUACGCCCCCUCGAUCAGACCUGAAGCCUUUGCUUGUGCACCAGCCACAAGGUGCUUCUUUCAAUAUUGAUGGACAUCUCAUCACAUGGCAGAAAUGGCGACUCCGUCUAGGAUUCAACUGGCGCGAGGGAAUGGUGCUCCACGACGUGACGUAUGACGGCCGAGAGUUGUUUCAUCGGCUGAGCCUGAGCGAGUUGUUUGUUCCAUAUGGCGAUCCGCGCACUCCUUAUAAUCGGAAGAGCGUGUUUGACUUUGGUGAUAUUGGGGCCGGAGUUGUUGCCAACAACCUCAAGCUUGGAUGUGACUGUCUAGGGCUAAUCAAGUACUUUUCCUUUAUCAUCACCGAUUCAAAUGGCAACCCCGUAGAAAAGCCCAACGCCGUUUGCAUGCACGAAAUUGACAAUGGCAUUGGGUGGAAGCAUACCAACACCAAAACCGGACCCGUUUCAAUCGUACGCUCCCGCGUGCUCGUACUGCAAUCAAUCAUCACCCUAGGAAAUUACGAAUACGUCCUCGCAUGGCACCUCGACCAGGCAGCUGGACUGCACUACCAGAUCCAAGCCACUGGAAUCGUUUCCACGGCACCCAUUGAUCCUGGCGUGCAAGUACCCUGGGGGACAAAUGUCAAUGAGGGCGUCAUGGCUCCAUAUCACCAGCACGUAUUCUGUCUACGCAUCGACCCCUGUAUCGACGGGGACAACAACACCUUCCUCGAAGAAGACUCCAUCGCCAUGCCGCUCACCGAACACCUCAACCCCAAGGGCGUAGGCUACACCACUACCCAAAACGUCCUCUCUACAUCCUCUUCCUCCGAAGCCGCGCCCAACCGCGUUCACAAAAUCAUCAACCCUUCCAAGCUCAACCGCGUGUCCGGCCGUCCUGUGGGCUACGCCAUCUAUAGCCCCGUCAAGCAGAUGCUCCUCGCACACCCGACGUCCUGGCACAGCCGGCGGGCCAAAUACGCGCGCCACCCAUUCUGGGUCACCGCGUAUCGCGACGACGAAAUCUAUCCCGCGGGGGAUUACACCUACCAGUCUCUUCCCCCUGAAGACAUUGCUGCGGUUACAGGUCGCGGCGGGGCUGGCCACCAAGACCUCGCAGCCUGGACGGCCCGCAAAGACCCCACAGAAAACACAGACAUUGUCAUCUGGCACAGCAUUUGCCUAACGCAUAACCCCCGGCCCGAAGACUAUCCCGUCAUGCCGUGCGACACGAUGACGGUUAGUCUCAAGCCGAGCGGGUUUUUUGAACAGAAUCCCGCCUUAGACGUGCCGCAGAGCACGCAGGCCGUGAAUCAGAGUUGUCUGUAUGGGGAUUUUGACAGGCGGCUACGCCUUGCUUCUUCGUCCUCUGGUUCCCCUUCUCUCAAUCCGCCGGAUCCCGCGAAAUCUUCUUCCCCUUCCCAUUCAGUCAAUCCUGCAGUACAUUCUACCGCGCAAGACAGUCAACCCUGUUGCUCUUCUUAG